UUUAGUACGUGUUUCAAUAGACAUUUGAUUUGAUUCAUAUUAUUGUGUUAGAAAAUAGAUUCUUUUUUAUGCUGAAAUAUACAUGAACAAAAAAGGUAAAUAUUUCGUUAAAUAUUCAGCAAAAGAGGAAAUUCUCUCUUAACGUAUUCGCACUGGAUGGAUUUGUUGAUGGGAAACUCUCACGAAGCAUUUGGAGACAAUGUAUAUAAGCGUCCAUUUUGGUACGAAAAGUUACAAUUUUUUUUUCGUCAAAAGAAUCGAAAACUUAUGCUGUAAUCAAUGAAUUGAAACGGGACAUCAUUUUUCACAGCUUUUCGAUUUUUACUAUCCUAUACAAUUUAAGUUUUUUUUUCUCGCCAAAACCACGGAUUCGCAAAUAUUUCUUGCAAUUUUAAAAUCGCAUUUCAAAUUUGUUGGUGUUAGCAUAAAGCAACACUUUUGGUAAUAUUAUAUGGUUAAUUUCAUACAUUAAACCAAAAGAAACAUCAAACAAGUCGAAAAGAUUGUUAGCCUUCGCAGAGGAAUUAUUCCCUCUCGUUUCACUUUUCUAUUUCAUUCUCAUCAAUAUCAUCAUUUUGUGGUGGAAUUUCUUUUAAGUAAGAAAUCGUGUGAUAAUGUGAAUAGGGAACAAAUAAAAAGUGAAAUGAGUGCAUCAAAAUGUCUUAAAUGAUAAACAGUCUUCCACAACUCAAAACUGUAAACGUUGUUGAUCGUAUUCUUCCAUGUAUUUUUUUUGUCGAAAAAAAAGGGAAAAACAGUUCGGUGGUGUACACAGUAAGUGUGACAAUAUCGACAUAGACGCCCAAUCGAAUGCACGCCAUGCUCUAUGUUUGAUUCGACACAUUUAAAUGUUUUUCUAUUCCAAUCUAUAAAAUGUGCUUAUUUUAUUUAUUUUACAGAAAUGCAUCAGUUGCUUAGGUGAUAAGAUCACGCAUUUUCAACGUUGGUUAAAAUAAACGGCAGAUUAUUCAAAUAUUUGAAAUUUCACUAAUAUAAAAAAAAGAAACACUUGGCCAAGCAGUUCGCAUAUAAUCAUGGGCAUGUGUUAACCGAUUGUUGAUCCAAAAACGAUUUUAAUUGUGAUAGUGAAAAGAAAAACGAUGUGGUGUAGUCCUUAAGCAAAGUAAUAAGUGAACUAUCUAAAAAAUUUACCAUUAUUUUUGUGAGUGAAAAUCAAUACAAACAAGAAUUAUAUCAAUUAUGGCCACCCGAGAAGUAUCACUCUCCAAGGUCGAACAGGAGGUUGAACAGAAUGUGUUAACCAUGAAGGUUGAGCUAAGCGAUGGUACAACGGGAUACAUUUUUUCACGGAAUCCGCAUCGUAACGAAGCACAAUAUCUCACCUACAACUGUCACAUUUGCAGCGUUCCAAAUUUGCCCGGUGAACGUUGCUUGUAUACACAUAUUGGUGGUCGUCGUCAUCAAACCAAAUUAACAACGAAACCAUUCGAUGCAAAUUUAUUUCGUGCACCAAUGCAACGGUCCAAUAAAAUUGUCAUGCAAAUUGCACCAGGCGAACCAGUUCCACCUGGUUUUGAAAAUGAAGUGAAAGCAGUGGCUGAAAUCCAAUCGAAAAUUGACAAAUACAAAAGUGUUCCAUUCAUUGGUCUUGAGUAUUUAUUGGAAUUGAAUUUGCGCGACGAUAAGGAGCCGGGCUAUUUAUGUAUAUUGUGUGAAAAACGCGGCGAUCCUCGUACAAUUAUGGACCACCUUACCAGCUACAAACAUCGCUUGAAAUAUUUGGAAAAACAUUUUCCAACGGUAACACGCGAAAUUUCAGUGUAUCGAUAUAAUCGUGACGCACGUGAUGUAUUACCACACAUUAUUCAGAAAAUUUGUGAAUCAAUUGAAGAUCAUUACGGUCGUCUGGCACCAAACGUUUAUGAUAACGAUGAAUAUGAGAGAAAUCGGAUGACAUGUCUUCAGGAAAUAAUCAACGAUAAGCAUUUUAGUGAGAAAACUGGGCCAUCAUUUAUUCAUGUGAUUAAUCCCAAAGAAAUCGAAGACUGGAUCGCCAAAAGUAAAGCUAAAUUUCCGACGUCAAAUAAACGUAAUGCAUCUCCGCCUGAAUUUGAUUCAUCCAAACGUGGUCGCUCGUCCAAUGAACGUAGACGAAGUUUGGACUCGAUCUCAAGCAUAUCAAGUUCAUCAUUGGAUCGAUCACCAGUUUCACGGCUGCAAGAGAGACGAAAACCAUUUAAAGCCGAAAAAGAAGAAGAUGUCAUUUAUAUUCGUUCACAAUCACGCUCAUUGUCUCCAGGUGAUCCGGCCCAUGCUCGUCACAAGCUAUCACGUUCAAAUUCAAAGUCGAGAUUGCGUGGUAUCCCAUCAAAAAAUCGGUCACGAUCACCUCAUUCAAGAACCAAGUCACCAGGGCGUCAAAUUAUUCCAACUCCAAGAGAAUUAUCCAUGCAAGCGGAUGCAAUCAGCGCUGAAGGAUAUAAAUGGGAAAAAUACAGAUGCUUGGUUGAAAGUGCGGUAAAAGAUAUGGAAAAACAGCGCCAAGAAUAUGAAAAAAGUCCGGAAAAUCAUCCCUUGUAUCCAGAUGAAUGGAAAAUAUUUUGGAAUCGUCGCUAUAAAGAACUUCAAGCAGAAAAGAAAGAUCCAGCAAGUUAUGACUUUACGCCGGAGUGGAGAACAUUUUGGACGAAACGAAUGCGUGAAUUACAUGACGAAUCAGUCGAGAAGAAAAAGGACGAAAUUCGAAAAACUUUGAAUUUACCGAAAGAUGGAAGAGAGCGGACAAAUGAAUUAAAAGAAAAGUAUAACAUAAAAACUGCUCCUCGAAAAGAAACAAACGAACCAACCGGAUCAACAUCAGCAUCAUCGUUACGAAGAGAUAAAUCGGAAAAAUCACAUGCAUAUGAAAGAUGCCGGAGCCGUGAAAAAGUCGCAAGACCAAGUGAUAAUUACAAACGUUAUGAACAUGAAAAAAGUUAUGACCGUAGCGAACGUGAACGACACGAAGUUGAUCGAAGAGACCGAGAACGUCAUCAUCGACCAAGUUCACGUGGAAGCUAUCACGAUGAUUCGCCACCGCGUUAUAGUCGAGAAUUACGAGAUGAGCACGAACCAUCCGAAUAUUAUAAACACAAUCCCUACAAAUGGCAUCCGAGUCAAUCAAAAUCGUCUUACUACAAUAAAUCACAUUAUUAUCGUGAAAUGCCAAUCACCGCACUGCCAAAAUACGAGGAACAAAAUGACGAAGGGCCAGACGAUGAUGAUCCAUUAACCGUUGUUACAGUGUUACGACUUCUUUCUGCAUUGGAGGAAUUACUUGGGCCAAGUCUUGGUCCAAAAAUUGUUGAAUUGCUGGCAAAAGCGUUGGCAUUGGAAAAAGUAAAAGCAAACGCAGCAGACGAUUUGCUGCUGAACGAAGAUAAUUGUGUUUUAUUCGAAACCAUCAAAGAGAAAUUAAAAGGACAAUUAAUGAACGAUAUGGUUGAAAAGCAUCGAAUAAAAGCAGUAAAACGUGCCAUUAAAAAUAUUGCCGGUGUCAUUCAUAUGGCAUCGGAAAAAGAGAAAAAUAAGACACCCGAAGAAAAACAACAGGAAGCACUUUUGAAACAGAAUUUGGCAGCUGAAAAGGCCGAAAAAGCCGUACCGGAAUCAAAAGGUUCCGGCAAAACACCAGACGAAGAAAAACAAGAAAUUGCUAAAAAGCUUGCGGCUGCAUUGGUUGCACAAGGUAAAACGGAUGUAUCAAAAGAAGACUUGGAGAAUUUAGUUGAAUAUUAUUACAAGCAACGCAAGGCUAAAGAAUCGCAAUGUGAAACAGCUAAUACACCAAGCACAAGUCAAUCAACAGUGCCUACAUCGAGUAAGCCAUCAAAUGUGCCACUGUCAAGUGAACAAUCGAUUGAUUUAACCGAUGACAGUAGUGAGAUAAAGAAAGACCAAGACGAAGGUUUCGAUUUGCCAUCAUCGAAUGCCUUGGAAAAUUUGACCGAUGCUGAUCUUCAAACACUAUUGCAAAAUUUCGAAGAUCUAUCGACGGAGGAGCAACAACAUUUACACAAAUAUAUGAAGAAGCUAGAAGCGUCCGAUCCGGCUCGGGUCGAAAAACUUCGAAAAUAUGUUAACGUUGCAUUCGAUUUGCAAGCUUCUGACCAAACUACACGAAAUGAUCGACGAUCAUCGGAACGUUCCACACACAUUGAAUCACAAUCCGAAUUGCGAACAAAACAAAACUCUGACCCAUACGAUGACAUGUUUUAUGAUGACACCAAGGACGGUAUGAAGGUAACAAAUAUUGUUGAUUCAGAUGAUGAUGAUUAUUCGUACGAUGAUCUGUGCAAGGCUGCAUCAAAAAAUGUCAAAGAUAAGCAAAAAGAGCUGGAGAAUAAACAAAGAUCGCCGGAAAUUCUUUCAGACAAUGAUUCGGCAAAUAAACAUGAUCAGUUUAUUUUGGAUGGUGACCGAAAUUUUCAUCAUUAUGAUGAUUCGAAUGCGUCUCGAGCAAGUGGUGAAAAUUCGAAUUCACGAACUACGUUGCAUGACACCGAAAGCAUCAUAGCCAAUUUAAUGGGAUCCUUGCACAAGAAUGUUCAGAAUCGAAAUUAUCCGGAUCGCAAUCAAAUGGAUUCAACAAACGAAAUGCAACGCCAUCAAAUUCAAAGCAAUGUACCAUUUUAUAUGCAACAUCAAUCACAAAGUUCAUACAACCAUGCAAAAUCCUCGAAUCAAGGCUAUGCAAAUGAAUUCAAUUUGAACGGUCAAAAUCAACAAUUUUCUUCAUCCAAUCAAUUUGAUAAUGCCUAUGCAAAUCAAAGUCAAAACUACGGUAAUUCUCAAAGACUGAAUAUUCCAUUGAAUAUUCCAACAUACCAGCAACAACAGCAGCAGCAGCAAGUGCAACCACCUCAACUAACAAAUCAGCAAGCUGCUUUAUUAGCACAAUUGAGCCAACAGCAAAAUCGUCGUUCAGCAUGGUAAUUUAAAUGUUUUUCUUAUGAAUGGAGUUCAUAAUGACUGUCCAACACAUCCACAUUUAAUUUUUUUUUUUUUUUGUACUAUUAACACUUUUCUUUUUUUUUAUUUCAACGUUAUGUUUCACUCUAAUGUUAUUGAAAUAAUAAAUAUCACAAACCACAAACUCAUUAUAUAUUAGCAGAAAAAUACUAAAUACAAAAAAGAACAUAUACCUAUACAUUGUGUGAAAUUUUAUUCACAUCUGAAUUUAGGCAAUUUUUUUGAAGCAAACAAAAAAUAUUUAUAGAAAAACUUCCAUCUUUUUUCUAUGCUUUUAUGAUCAUA